ACUGAAAACUAGAUGCAGUCCAAAGUUUUUCUUCCAAAAGAUAUGUGCACUUCUGCAUAACAGCUGAUAACACCCUAUUCCCCAUGUUACUCAAAUAAUUCAGAGUGAAGUUCAAAGUUCCUAUCUGACCGUGCGACUGACUGAACUCUUCCACACAAGUGCGAUACAUUUGUACUUUUCCGCAGCAUAGUCCUCAAUGGAAUCAGCAUGGCAGAGAGUGGAAUCAAUGCACCACUGGAUUCUGGAGAAUGGGGAUAAGCGGACGGACCCAUGGCUUCUAAUCUACUCUCCUGUACCGAUCAUCUGUAUAUUUUUGUGCUAUCUUGGUAUUAUUUGGAUUGGAACCAAGCUUAUGAAACACAAGGAACCAAUGAACAUAAAAGCAGUGCUUAUUGUGUACAACUUUGCCAUGGUCGGUUUGUCCAUUUACAUGUUCCAUGAGUUCUUCGUUACAUCUUGGCUGGCAAACUACAGUUUUCUGUGUCAACCUGUGGACUACAGCCCCAGCCCACUAGGAAUGAGGAUGGCCAGUGUGUGCUGGUGGUUCUUCUUCUCUAAAGUAAUUGAGCUUAGUGAUACAGUUUUUUUUAUCCUAAGAAAAAAGAACAGCCAGCUCACUUUUCUACAUGUGUAUCAUCACGGAACUAUGAUCUUCAACUGGUGGGCAGGAGUUAAAUUUGUGGCGGGAGGUCAAUCAUUUUUUAUCGGGCUGCUGAACACCUUUGUUCAUAUAGUGAUGUAUUCUUACUAUGGCUUGGCGGCCCUGGGGCCUCACAUGCAGAAAUAUCUGUGGUGGAAACGCUAUCUCACCUCACUGCAGCUGGUCCAGUUUGUCUUGAUGACUAUUCACACUGGAUACAACCUCUUCACCGAGUGUGAUUUUCCUGAUUCCAUGAAUGCAGUUGUGUUCGCAUACUGCGUCAGCCUCAUUAUACUUUUCAGCAACUUUUACUUCCAGAGCUACAUAACCAGGAAGAGCAAGAAGUUUUAACAGCGUUGGUCCACAUGAUGAGCAGAGGACUCGCCCGUCUUUUGAUAGACUAAUUUGUCCAUUGCUGUUCUCAUUGUAGUCCUGCCUCAGCUAUGUUUAGUAAUCAGGACUGAAAAUUUGGUGAAACCAUUUACCUCAUAUCUAAUUUGGUUUGUAAAUGACUUAUCCAAUAAAGAUGUGACAUCUCUUAUUAUUCCUUUUUGCAUUUUGGAACAUCAACCGAAAUAAAUUGAACUGUAAUUUCAUUUUAAAUAAGAUGGAACAUUAUCGUUUUGCAUGGUUUAAAACAGCUUUUGUACUGUCUUAUAAAUUGUGUGUUUCUAUUAACAACAGCGAAGUGCACUAGAUGGCACUAUUUACGUAUCUUGACCGCAGCUGCCUCAGACGAUGUUCUCGCGCAAAUUCUCGCGAUAAUUAGCAAAGUCGAAGGCACCCAGAAAUGGUUAAGCAUUUCGUAAUAACCUCAAUAACGCAGGUCUUUCUUCCGCCUUUGCGACACUUUAUGAACCCUAAAUUUACAAUCACA